AUGAGGGUUUCGAGGCUAUCUGCAGCAACCGCUGCAUUGAUUUUAUCGACACAGGUGUCUGCGCAAACCUAUACUGAUUGCAACCCUCGAGAACAAACUGGCUGUCCAGCUGACCCAGCACUCAGCGGUUCCGCAAGCUUCGAUUUCACACGAGGAGCCCAACACAAUUGGACGACAAGCGGCACAGUCACAUACAGCAGCAGCACUGGAGCGGGUUUCACAGUUGCCAACAAGGGUGAUUCACCGUUAAUCACUUCCGACUUCUACAUCAUGUGGGGACAUCUCGAAGUCGUGCUUCAAUCCGCUCCCGGUACCGGCAUUGUUAGCAGUAUAGUGAUGCAAUCAGACACACUAGACGAAAUCGAUCUCGAAUUCCUUGGCGGCGACGCCUCGAGCGUUCAGACAAACUACUUCGGUCACGGCGACACUUCCGAAUACAAUCGUGCGCAGACAAUUGCAAUGUCAAACAAUCAGCACAGUUUUCACACAUACACAAUCGACUGGACCGCCAACAUGAUUGUAUGGCAGAUUGACGGGACUACCGUUCGCAGCAUGUCUCCUGCCACUGCUAAUUCAGGCCAAUACCCCCAGACCCCGAUGAUGAUCAAGAUCGGUAUCUGGGCUGGAGGUGACCCCAGCAAUCCAUCCGGCACAAUCAACUGGGCCGGCGGAACCACGGAUUACAGCAAGGGCCCAUUCACCAUGUACUGCAAAUCGGUGUCGGUGAUUGAUUAUUCGACUGGAAGCGAAUACGUAUACACCAGCAAAAGUGGUACUGCCGACUCAAUCUCGGCUGUUGGCGGAAGUGUUGAUGGGAACAAGGCUGCGACCGCAUCAGUUGCGACGGAUGCUUCAGCAGCAACAAUCACUUCAUCUGGAGGCGAAGCUCCUAUUCCGUGGUCUGGCACUCAUAGAGAGACUUCGUCGUGGAGUACCCCGAACAUUUGGCCCUGGGUAUCGACGGCCACGGCAUCGAUUACCAAUAGUAAUCCUUCAUCGGAGCAUACUACUUCAGGAGGUGGCAAGUUAGCGCCAUUGACGGUUUCUCAGAAAUAUUUCCCUGUCUAUUUCAUCUCCGCAUCCGUCGUCUUUGGGCUUCUCUUCCCACUAUGGCGUUAA